CCUUCCCGCUCAGACCCCGUUCUUGCUGCAGGGAGGAGCGUUCUGAGCGCAGAACGGUGAGCAUCAUAGGCUGCAUUUAAGGAAACGGGCCACCACAGCACUUUUUUGACUUUCCAUAAUGUUCUAGAAUCGGCCACUAUAGGCUCUUUAUACAUUUCAAGGAGGAUGUUUGCUGUUGGGUCCACGAACGACGUUUUGCUGUGAAACCGCCGACGGUGGGAAUCUCUGGUCUAGUUCAGAGAGAGAGAGGGAGAGAGAGGGGGAACCUUCAAUUAUUUCCUGCGCCAAGAAUCCCAAAGACAUGGUCCUUCCAUCCAAUCUGUGAUGAGCGGGCUGUGAGCGCGAGCAGGACGUGUGCUGCCGUACUUUCCCAGAGGAUGCUGCUCUGCUGAGGGAGGACCGCCCCGGGACCCCCCCUCCCCGCCGCCCCCAGGGCCCCUCCGUCAGGGACCCAGCAUGUCGUACCACCACCAGCACUACCAGCGCCGCGCCAUGAGCUCCGAGGAGAGGUGUGCCACGCCGGUCAACAAGAUCUCCACGCCGACGCACAAGAGCGCCUCCUCCUCCUCCUCCUCGCAGCGCGACAGCCGACAGGAGGCCGACAGCUGGGAGAUCAUCGAGGGCCUGAAGAUAGGCCAGAGCAACGUGCAGAGACCGGACAAACACGAGGGCUUCAUGCUGAAGAAGCGGAAAUGGCCGCUGAAAGGCUGGCACAAGGCUAAGCCCAGUAACCUCCCGUGGCAGCCCGUGGCCCCCAACAGCAGCAGCAGCAGCAGCCUCCCCGCCUCUUACAGCAACGGGCAGAGCAAGGUGGCCGCCUGGCUCCAGGAGUCUGAGGAGAUGGACAAGUGUGCGGAGGAGUUGGCCCGCUGCCAGUCCAGCCUGAUCGAGCUCAGUAAGUUACUGCAGAGUCUGGAGAUUCUCCAGCGCACCCAGUCUGCCCCCAACUUCACAGACAUGCAGACCAAUUGCGUAGAGUUAUCAAAGAAAGAGAAGCGGUUGAACCGAAGAUGGAGAACAAAAAGUGUCGGGAAAGACUCUAAGUUCCAGCUCCAGGUACCCCUGUCCUCGGCCAUCCCCCCGGUCCGCCUCCACUCGUCCAACCCCAACCUGUGCGCUGAGCUGGUGGACUUCCAGGUGCCGCCGCCGCGCCACGCGGACUGCGUGGAGGGGGCCGGCGACUACAUCAAGCUGCAGGAGGACUUCUGCACCAUCGCUCAGAAGGUCCAUUGCCUGCUGCGGUCGGCCUUCAACACGGUGGGCAUCGAGAAGGAGAAGAUCAAGCAGAUCCUGUCGGACCAGGAGCAGAGCAGCCAGGCCGCCCAGAUCAACACCCUCAGGAAGUCCCUGUCCCAGGCGCUGUCACAGAACGCAGAGCUACGCACGCGUCUCAGCCGCAUCCACUCCGAGUCGGUCCUGAGCGAACAGGUGGUCAGCGUAAACAUCAUCUCCACGCCAGACGAGGGUGAGCAGAUGGGGAUCCCUCUGACCCAGCAGGCCUCGAACGAGAGCCGUCUCUCCAUGUCCGAAUCGGUGUCCGAGUUCUUCGACGCCCAGGAAGUGCUCCUGUCCGCCAGCUCGUCAGAAAACGAGGCCUCAGACGAUGAGUCAUACGUCAGCGACGUGAGCGAUAACAUUUCGGAGGACAACGCCAGUGUGACCGAUAAUGUCUCCAGACAGAUGGCCAACGGCGACUUCGUGGCCAGCGCUUUCCGCAACGGACGGCGUAUCUGCCUGCCGGCGCCGUCCCCGGACACCAGCAACAUCAACCUGUGGAACAUCCUGCGCAACAACAUCGGCAAGGACCUGUCCAAGGUGUCCAUGCCCGUGGAGCUCAACGAGCCGCUCAACACGCUGCAGCACAUGUGUGAGGAGCUGGAGUACAGCGAGCUGCUGGACAAGGCCGCCGAGACGGAGGACCCCUUCGAACGCAUGGUCAUCGUCGCAGCCUUCGCCAUCUCAGGCUACUCUUCCACCUACUACCGCGCAGGAAGCAAGCCAUUUAACCCUCUACUCGGAGAGUCCUACGAAUGUAUUCGGGAGGACAAGGGCUUCUGUUUUUUCUCUGAACAAGUCAGCCAUCACCCCCCCAUCUCGGCUUGCCACUGCGAAUCCAAGAACUUCACCUUCUGGCAAGACGUGAGAUGGAAAAACAAAUUCUGGGGGAAGUCGAUGGAGAUUCUCCCGAUCGGGACGGUGAACGUCAUGCUGCCAAGGUUCGGGGACCACUAUGAGUGGAACAAGGUCACCACCUGCGUACACAACAUCCUGAGCGGCAGACGCUGGAUCGAGCACUACGGCGAGAUCACCAUCAGGAACACCAAGAGCAGCGCUUGCCUGUGCAAACUCACCUUUGUCAAGGGAAACUACUGGAGCUCUAACGUGAACGAGGUGCAGGGCUUUGUGAUGGACCAGGAAGGGAAAGUCGUCCAUCGGCUGUUUGGCAAGUGGCACGAGGGCCUCUACUGUGGCGUUCCACCCUCUGCCAAAUGCGUCUGGAGGCCAGGUUCCAUGCCCACAGACUACGAGCUGUACUAUGGCUUCACCAGGUUCGCUAUUGAGCUCAAUGAGCUCUGUCCAGAGUUAAAAGAUGCCCUGCCGCCCACAGACGCCAGAUUCCGACCCGAUCAAAGGCACCUGGAGGAGGGGAACCUGGAGAUGGCGUCGUCGGAGAAGCAGCGCAUCGAAGACCUGCAGCGUGUCCGCAGGAAGUGGAACGAGGACAACAACAUCAGACCCCAGCCCCGCUUCUUCAGGAAAGUGGUGGACGCCAACCAGAGAGAGAGGUGGGUUUCUAACAACACCUACUGGGACUUGCGCAAGAACCCUGGCUUCAUCAACAUGGAGUAUACGUUAGCCCUGUGGUAGCACAGGGCGCCGUGGAGUCGAGGAAGCGGUUGGCCCCGGCGUGCGUCGCACUGCAGGAGAGGAUCAGCGAGGCCUGCUGUCUAUGCACAAUCCGUCACAGUGAUCACCGCUUUGCGAGACAGAACUCAGACGUGCAUGGAAGGACGGGACCGCGAGCCCCCAGCCCGGACCUCGCCCCGUUGCCCCGGCGACCGCCUCCCUCUCCCGGAACCCGGAGAGGGAGGCGGGGGCGGGUUCAGUGGCGAGGUCAUCCUGGUCGUCCAUCCAUGGAAGCGUCCGCUGCCAGGACCCCCCCCCCCCCUCCUCAUUGUGUGUGUAAGAUGCUGGGGUUUCCAUGGCGACGGAGCGUCGGUGUAGACCGUGUCCGGAGCAGUUUUAACUUUUGAGUCUUUGCCUUAACAAGUCACCCGUCACACACACACACACACACACACACACACACACACACACACACACCUGCACAAACACAGACACACACACACACUUGUGCGCACAGCUCAACUCAUACACACACACACACACACAGUUUUAAAGUGAAAAGCUUUUUUCCUUUCUCAGAAACGUUUUCGUUUAGAUGAUGAUUUGACCUUUGAUUACCUAAUGUAUGUAUCAUGCAUGUUUAGAGUGCAGCUUUCGUUGGCACUUACCGCCAUACUAUACAUAUUAUACCAUAUCAAAGUAAUUUGUUGUAGAAAAAGAGGUAUUUUUGUAAUAUAUACUGGACUCAUAGAUUUACUAAAAAAGGCUAUAGUGGUAAUAAUUUGUUCAUUUAAGCAUUGGUUUGUUAAUUUAAUUUUUUUCAUUUUACUAUUGUUGAUCUGUACCAUAGCAGUACGCUCUCUUGGGCAGAGAUCAGUUUGAGGCGUGUCGGGAAUUGACAUAUUUAAUGUCAUUUUAGAAGGCACCCAUGACAAAUGGUAAUUCUGAGAAAGGCUUUGACUGUCCUUGUAGAAGACUUUUCCGGCAUACGUUGUGUCUUCAUUAUAGAAGUGUUGUGUCAAUAGGAAAAAAGAUUAUAUAAUAUACAGACAUAUCACUCCUCAUCACACUGGUGGUUUAAACCUAGCUUAUCCUGACACUUAUAUGUUUCAAUACACAAACAAAGCCCCCUUUCCAAAGCAUGUGUAGAUAGAUCAUCUAUAUCAGACACAUAAACACACACACACACACACACACACACACACACACACACACACGCACACACACGCACACACACUUACAGUUCCAUUUCCUCCUGUACGUUAUUAUAUACAGAGAAAAAACAAAUUAACAUUAACGAAGCAUUCUGUGACACAUAGAUAUGCACAAUGGAAAACAAAGUAUAGCUAGAGUUGGAAGACGUGAUGCGCGCGGGUUCCCCAGCCAACGCACUCUGCUGGUCAUCAUCACUCUUGAUGACAUCAACAGCUACUAUAGCUUUUCCCGCCACUUCAAAAAGGGAUAUAGAGUAGAUAUCUGCCCCCUAAUCUUAGUUAUUGAACGACAACUGUGUGUCAUUCAAACGUAUUCAGUUUCCCCAAUAUUGUAGACACUGAAGCCAAAGACCUUGAGGAGAUAUAUAUAGGUCUAUAUGUGUGUAUGUGUGCAUAUAUAUAUAUAUAUAUAUAUAUAUAUAUAUAUAUAUAUAUAUAUAUAUAAACGCAAAUCUACAGAGAAUGUACUGCUAUGACCAUGGGCCUCAAAGCACUAACUUAUUUUUUUCUUAUUAUAGGUUUCUAGAUCAAUAGCAAAGCAUAUCAGAGUUCAUAUUUUGCGUCAGUGUAGUCGUAUAUGUUUUCAUCACGCACUUCAGAUUGAUCCCCAGGCCAAGACUGGAUACACUAAUGUACAGUGCAUUGUGCAUUUGGGUGAAAACAUGAGAACAAUUGUGAUUUCCUUUAAACCAACGGGGCAAAAUCUACAAAAAGGGUCAUACAGACAUACGGUAUAUACUGCGAUCGAAACCUGUAAAAUAAAUAUGUAGAAUUUGAAAACUAUAUAACGCAUAAAAUCAACCCUGCGCACAGUUCACAUUUGCACUGUGUCGACGCCAAAACCAAAAGUUACACAGCUUAUGCAGCGUCCAUGUUCUGCGGGUACACUUGCUGUUCACGGUAUCUCUAGUCUCUCCUGGUCACCUGCUUAAUGCUCCUACGACUCGUCAGCAUCGAUUCCACUUGCUGUGCCUUAACGCAUUUUUAUCAAUGCCUCACGUACACACUACUGACCAGAAAGCCCUCUCCCGCCACCCGCCCAUGGCAAGAAGAUAUGCCCCCUAGCGCUCCAGCCCUGCACAACAUGCGUAAAAACCCUCUUCCGGGGAUAAUUAACUGGGAAAAAAAAAAGGACAAGCUGUGGACAGAAUGUAACGGCACCGAAGUCUGUAAAGUACAUACAAAAGAAGAAGAAAAUCAGACACUGGAUGUCUCGCUUAAGAUGGCAAAGAAUUGUUUAUUUGACUGUAAUAUGCUUGCGUAUUAAAGAUGUUCCUCAUUCCGUUUGCCCCACAAGUAACAGAUGCGCUUAUUGUCGAUAACUGCAAUUACAAUACAUUUACACACGGGGGUGAUAUUAAAAUAAAAAAAUAAAGGCCUAACUGACAAAGUAAAUGUUUUUGAAACGUAAUGGGUUAUUCCGAUUAUUUUUUUUCCGGGAAGAAAUUGUAUUGCUUAGUGUGUGGUGUCGUAGAACCUCUGAACUUUGUUCCAUAGAAAAAAGAAAACGUCCUGAAGCUCUUGAUCACUGUAGGCCAGGCCAUGACCCAAUGACCCCUCUCAGAAGACGCCCACCCGUUCUCCUCCCUGCAUGUUGAACCGCCUGCCAAUGAAUGUUGCAAAAGCCUUACAAAAGGUUUCCUUUCCCUGAUUGGGUCUUUAGUUUGACGGACAGACGCGUGGGCCUAUCGCGAGGUGCCGUCGUCGAGGUUCUCAGAAUCCAUUCUCCAAUGGGUACCUUCUGAAGUGCAAUUUUAAGAAGUACAUAUCUCUCCACGAACACGGUACUCUGCUGCUACAUAGUGCUUGUUUGAAUAAAACUUCAAAACUUGG